GAUGGCGGAAAUUUGUCACUAUUUCGCAAUGACGAAAAUAUGUUUUGUUUUUGACAAACUGCGAAAGAAAUAACGACUGUUUUUAAUCCACAAUAUAUCAAAGCAUAAUGUACAACGGUACUUCUCGCAAGCGUAGCUGGUGCGAGCUCUUGACUGCUGUUAAAACAACCAGAACUUUGUCAUUAAGACAGUCGAGCCGAACCCCAAAUAAUUUUACAUUUAGCGAUACAAAAUUAUACUUUCUGGCCUUGCCAGAGAACCGUAGUGAAUAUACGUUGUUUUAUGUGGACUUGAAGCCUGGAGAACAGACAGAACAGUUGGUUGCAGUUCCUACAGCCAAGUGGCAUUUGCUGCUGGACCUGGACAGUCUUAGACCUUUUCAGGGAUUUUCACGGGAAGAACAAUUGCUCAGGGAACGCAAGCGCUUAGGAAGCUUUGGCAUUACGUCGUAUGAAUAUGAUAAAAAUUCAAGAAGUAUUCUAUUUCCAGCGUGCAGUAGUUUAUAUAUGUGCCGAGAUCAUGUAUUGCCGUCGAAUCCUGGUGACUCUAAUGUUCCUCUCGUUCCUGGUGAGGUAAAAACUCAGAACAAAGAAUCCAGAAUGGAUCCCAAACUAUCCCCUUCCAACCCUAACAUCAUAGCAUUUAUCCAUCACAAAGACUUGUGGGUUUGUAAUGUAACAACUGGUCGAGAAAAGCAAUUAACGUGGACUCACUCUGGUUUGCCACAAAGCAGCGCUGUUGAUGAAACAGUUUCUGCAGGAGUUCCAUCAUUUGUAGUUCAGGAAGAAUUUGAUCGAUACACAGGGUACUGGUGGAAUCCAAAAAUGAAAAGUGAUAACAAAUUCUGCAUCUUGUAUGAAGAGGUUGAUGAAAGUGAGGUUGAGAUUCUGACAAUGACGCCAAGCGUUGAGGCGACAGCUCCAUGUGUUGCUGAGUCAUACAGAUAUCCUCGAGCUGGGACACAAAAUUCAACAUCAUGUUUGAAGAUUGUUGAAUUCUCUAUUGAGGAUUCCGGACAGUUCUCUGAGAAGACAACUAUAUAUCAAUUGAAAGUUUCGUUACAUGAAGUAUUCCCUUGGUUAGAGUAUAUUGUCCGCUGUGGUUGGCUGCCAGAUGGUGAAGGUAUUUGGGCACAACUUUUGGACAGGUCUCAGCAACGCCUUGUGUUGGUUGUAAUACCUGUGUCCCUCUUUGUCCCAACUAUGCCUGAGAAUAGCAUGGAUUAUGAUGGUACAGAUCCCUCUGAUACCAUAAAGAUCCUUAUUGAUGAGACUUCAGAUGUUUGGAUAAAUGUAUGUGAUAUCAUGCAUUUCUUUCCACAACCAACCACAGGGUUAAAUCACGUCAAAUUUCUGUGGGCAAGCGAAAUGUCAGGAUUUCGUCAUCUCUACCUUGUUCAUGUUAAUUGCUCCCAAGUUGUGGAACAAACUUUUGAUGAUAUCACUAAACACGAAGCAACGUAUCACCAGUUUACGUCUGGUGAUUGGGAAGUAGAUGGUAGCAAGAUUUGGUUGGAUGAAACUAAGAGUGUUGUGUACUUCAUGGGAACUAAAGACACGCCUGUUCAACUGCAUCUUUAUGCUGCUUCAUAUGAGAACCCCUCUCAAGAAGCUGUACGACUUACCCAACCUGGAUUCCAUCAUAAAGUAACCAUGAACGAGGAAUGUAGCUUGUUUGUGACUGUGUAUUCAUCAAUGAAAGAUCUACCUGCAGUGACCGUCUAUCAGAUUGUUCAUACUCCUCUACCUCAUGGUCGAGGAUCAGUGAUUUCUGCUAGACCUUGUUUUCAUAUCAAACCUCCUGGCCAGUUGAAUGAAACACUUUGUCCUGAAUUGCUUAAUUUCAAGAGUCCCAAACAUGGUCACGAUGUUUACGGCAUGGUGUUCAAACCACCGAGUUUUGAUCCGAAAAGGAAAUAUCCUACGGUUCUGUUCGUUUAUGGUGGACCAGCUGUUCAACUAGUGACUGAUUGCCACAAAGGUAUUCAAUUCUUGCGUCUGCAGACGUUGGCCAUGCUGGGCUAUGUCGUGUUAGCGUUUGAUUGCCGAGGUUCCUUUCAUCGAGGAAGACUGUUUGAAAGUCAUCUUAAGAGCAGCUUAGGUCGCGUGGAGAUUGAUGAUCAGGUCGAGGCUCUGUCUUAUAUUACUGAGCAGACUAACUAUAUCGAUAUAACCCGCGUAGCUAUACACGGAUGGUCCUAUGGUGGCUAUCUAUCAUUGCAAGGCCUGAUCCAACGACCAGAUAUCUUUAAGGUGGCAGUUGCAGGAGCUCCGGUUACGGACUGGGAGGCCUACGAUACUGGUUAUACCGAGCGCUACAUGAACACGCCACAGAACAAUCCCAUUGCGUACGAGGAAAGUUCAAUCUUGAACAAGGCUAUGAAUUUUCCAGACCAAGAACAUCGCUUGUUAAUUGUUCAUGGUUUAAUCGAUGAAAAUGUCCAUUUUCAUCACACAAGUUUGUUGAUUGACCGUUUGAUUAAAGUUGGCAAGCCUUAUCAACUUCAGGUUUAUCCGUGUGAGCGUCACGGCAUACGACAAGCAAGGGCCUCUGAACAUUACGAGGCGACUGUUUUGACAUUUUUAGAGCAUCAUUUAUAAUGAAACUGAAUAAUUUGAUAUACUGGCGAGAGACGAUUGAAAUUCCCAUGAUUGAAAACGAAGAAGCUGAAAGCAAGCUUCCAUGCACCAGAAAGCUUUGUUUCUCGCGUAGAAACUCUGCCAAGCAGUUGAAUAUUUAAUCUUUGCAUGCAGCAGCGUCACAAGUAGCGUCAGAAUCAGUAAUCUUCGCCGGCAAACUAAACGCUAAAACAGCAAAGUAUAAAAUAAGUCUGUUGUUCAAGAAUCGAUUGUUGCUUUUAACUCAAAAUAGGAGUUUGGUGAAAUGAACGAUACUGAAAAUGGCGGAUUAUUUAUCAAAACAAAGGUCUUGAGUUACCCAACUUAGUCCUAUAAAAUAGGCGGUUCUAAUCAAGAACUUUCACUAUGGAACUUUCGGUAUCAUAUUCGUUAAAUUUCUGGUUAUUAAGUGCAUUUGGAAAUAGCCUGACGUGAGAGAUGAUCCGUCAUCCUUGAAUGAUCUACAAUUUGUUUGAAUGCCUUUUAAUAAUAAACGAUUCAUAAAACCACAGUAUAAAGACAUAUGUCUUUAUACUGUGAUAAAACUCUUGUAUUUUAGUUAGGUAGGAUAAUAAUGAUGUAAAUAUAAACGGUUUUAAAACGCCUGGAAGAAUUUGCCGGUAAUGAAAUUGCAAUUUGCACAAUUCUAUAAUAUUUUGGCUGGUAUUUUGUCAGCAAUAAUGUAAUGUAUUUUAUGUAUAUUGUAUAUUAAAUUUUAGCAUUAAUGGUUGCUACAAUAUAUUUAACAAUUGUGAAAUUGGCCGCCCGUUUUAUGCAGAAAGCUAAAUGCAGACAUCAAAAAGAAUAAAAAACUUUAUUUUAUAUUAUU